AUGGUUGAUGAUAAGAAGAACAACGACUACUCCAUCGAGAUGGACAAACUCGAUCAGGGCAACAAGGCCUUUGAGGCUGCGCCGCCUCCAUUGAAUCGGGCUACGAGCUCUCCGCCUUCAUCUAUAUCCAACAAUCCUGCUCUUCCGGUGCUGGCAUACUGCGGUUCCUCCAUUCUGAUGACCGUGAUGAACAAGUAUGUUCUGUCGGGCCUGGACUUUAACCUCAACUUUUUGCUGCUUAUGGUUCAGUCCGUAGUUUGUAUCCUCGCAAUCCAAACAUGCAAGUCGAUGGGCUUGAUCACCUAUCGUGAUUUCAGCUCCGACGAGGCCCGGAAAUGGUUCCCCAUUACCCUCCUGCUCAUCGGCAUGAUCUAUACUGGCUCCAAGGCUCUCCAGUUCCUCUCCAUUCCCGUCUACACCAUCUUCAAGAACUUGACCAUCAUUCUGAUCGCCUAUGGUGAGGUUCUGUGGUUUGGCGGCUCUGUCUCCAACAUGGCCCUCUUCUCUUUCGGCCUGAUGGUUCUGAGCUCCAUCAUUGCCGGUUGGGCUGACAUCAAGCACGCCGUUGAGAGCAGUGGUGAUACCAGCAGCAAGGUCUCCACCCUCAAUGCAGGCUACGUGUGGAUGAUGAUCAACUGCCUGUGCACCUCGUCCUACAUGCUCUGCAUGCGCAAGCGCAUCAAGUUGACCAAUUUCAAGGACUUUGACACCAUGUUCUAUAACAACUUGCUCUCCAUUCCCGUCCUGAUUGUGGCCACUUUCCUGGUCGAGGACUGGUCUGCUGCAAACCUGGCCCGCAACUUCCCCGAAGCCAACCGCAACGGGAUCUUCUUCGCCAUGUUCAUCACCGGUGUCUCCUCCGUCUUCAUCUCCUACACCUCCGCCUGGUGCGUGCGGGUCACUUCCUCCACCACCUAUUCCAUGGUUGGCGCCUUGAACAAGCUUCCCAUUGCCGUGUCUGGUCUCAUCUUCUUCGAUGCCCCCGUGACCUUCCCCAGUGUCUCUGCCAUCGUUGUGGGCUUUAUCUCCGGUAUCGUGUAUGCUGUCGCCAAGAUCAAGCAGAAUGCCAGGCCCAAGACUGGCCUUCUUCCUACCGCCAACCCUCUGGUCAGCGCCAGCAGCCAAAGCAUGCGUGACUCGCUGCGCUCUUAA